UUCUUCCCUCAGCUAGCUAGCUCGCUAAUCAAACGCACAGCUGCAGAACGGAGGAAGAGGGAGGGUUGCUCACACAAUCUGACUGGCGAAGCGGCUAGCUAGCUACAGUGCCGACAAUAAUAAAAAGGGACACCCGUAAUGUUAGUACCUGAAUCAUCAAUCGUUUUUAUGACAACAAACAAUCAGACUCUGCUCUGGUAACCUUCGGCACAUCGCGGAAGCAUAAUUCAACGUGAACGGCUUUGACACGUCGCUGACAACAUGGCUGAAUUUCCCAUCGAUCAAAACAAACUGCCCGGAGUAAAAGAAGUGUGUCGAGACUUUGCUGUGCUAGAGGACCACUGCCUGGCCCAUAAUCUCCAGGAGCAGGAAAUCGAGAGCCACUUGGCAUCCAACGUCCACAAGAGCCGUCUGGUGCAGCAGGACGUAGCGUUGGCCAAGCAGCUGCAGGAGGAGGAGGACCGGAGGGCCCAAGCCAAGGCCAAGAGACAACACCGGGACAUUGAGCGCAGCGACAAUGAGAUUGCCCAGGAGAUACAGGAGGAAUUGGUCCGACAGGCGGAGCAGCAGCGCAAGCAGGAGGAGAAGGAUGCGGCCAUCGCUCGUAAGRUGCAGGAGAAGGAGAUGAAGGAGGAGAGGAAGCGACAGAAGCAGCUGGAGGCCAACUUUGAGGAAGAGUACUACGAGGAUAAAGGAGCCAUCCGAGCCCCUCUGGACCUGGAUGACAAACCCAGGCGACCUGGUUCGAACUCCCACUCCCCUGAGUCGCAUCCCCUUACCCCGGGCUCACGACGCGACCUCUCCCCCAAGUACGUUUCUUUUGAGCCUAGCAGGACCAGAUACCCCCUAUACGACWCUGUGGAGCCUAGCACCAGCGGACGUUCCCGAUCCCCCGAGCACCAUUUAGAGAGUAGGGGAGGGGGUAGUAGGGGCAAGCAUGGAGACCCAUACCCCGAGGACCACCUCUCCAAUAGCAGGGGGAAACAUGGGGGCAGUUACCCAGACUACCACCACCCCACCGAGGGUAGAAGUAGAGGGAAGGGGGGCCAGAGGGGCCGAGACCCCCAGGGGUCCCAGUCCACCUACCCAGACAGCCGUGAGCCCAGGAGACACAGGGAGGAGAGGGGGGAUGAGGGAGAGCGGGUGGUGGUGAGGAGGAAGGAGAGGCCCGCCCGGCCGCCCCCGCCGUCCCACAACCCUGUGGAGGGAGACGAGGCCUGGGAGAGAGAAAGAGAGCGGGAGUGGGAGAAAGACCGGCAAAGAGAACCCAGGAGAGACGAGGAGAGGGAGAGGGACGCCCCGAGACACGAGGAGAGAUUGCGAGACGGACAGAGGCAUGGGCAGCGAUCGCAAGACCAAGAGCAUAGCCGAGACAAACACAGAGAAAAAGACAGACGCCGAGAGAGAACCAAGAGCAGGGAGCGAGGUCUGGAUGAAGACUAUUACGAGCCCAUACCCAGCAGCCACAGCCGGGCCUGGACUGUUGGUGGGGAGGAGGGCCCUGGGGAUGAGGGGGAGUGGGGGCCCAUGGCCAGGCUCCACUCUGGCCCCAGUGAGCUGUGUGAGGAGGCCAGGAGCCCCCGCCCCGGCGUGAUGAGGGGGGAGAGGAGAGGUCACAGGGACCCUGGGGAGGGGCACAGCAUGGGCACGGAGCGCUCCUACACGCACCCCGCUCCCAGGGAGCCAGGUCGUAUCGUGCAAGGAGGACCAGGGGGUCGCGGCGCAGUGGUGGUCGGAGGGGAGUACGGGAUGGGCGAGGCCACCCAGGGCAUCGCCAAGCUGGAUCUGAGGGAGCAGGAGAUCCUGGACAUGGAGGUGGCCCGGAAACUACAGGAGGAGGAGGUCAAGGCGAGCAAGAUGGACAAGCGCGCAGCCCAAGUGGCUCAGGAUGAGGAGAUAGCCCGCCUGCUGAUGGAGCAGGACAAGAAGGAGUACAAGAAGUCCAGGGAGAAGGAGAAGCAGGGGAUGAGGCCGGAAGAGAGGGGGAUGAGGCCGGAAGAGAGGGGGAUGAGGCUGGAAGAGAGGAGGCGGCCAGAGGGAGGAGACUUCAAGUCAAACUCGGAGGAGGUAGUGCGUCCCAGGUCCCGAGAGGAGGAGUACCAGAGGCACAGGAACCACCAAAAGCCUGCCAGACCUCCUCAACCUCUUCCACAUGACUACGAGAAUGUGGAGACCAGCUACAGCUACUCAGAGAGCCACUACUCUUCCCGCACUCCAGCCAGACCGGAGGCUGCUUACAAAGGUACCUAUUACAGGCAGUGACCCAGGCUCCCUAAGUUAUCCAUCCGUGACUUUGUUGUUCCUUUUUUUAAAUAUUUUUUUUUACUCGUCGUUGCUGUAUUUGUAAAAACUCCCAUCACUUUAUGUUGACCAAGAGCCUUGGGACAAUGUCACCUCGUCGUUGGCGGUGCGAUUCUCCAGCAUGUGCAGUUGGCCGAGAGUUCGGGAAGCGUGCUGCUGAGAGCUGAAACAUACACGCUUUUAUCUUGAUCUUUUUCUUUUUUUCCUUCUUGGUUUUCAUCUUUCAAUUGGCGCAACAGCCAAGACGACUCAAAGGAGAUGCCUUGUGACAUUUAUCCUCCUGCUGGCUMUUAACUGUUGAAGAUGAUGGUGGUGAUAAAUGGGGGGGGGGUGUAUGAAAGCAUUUCUGUUUUGCUGUAGUUGUCGUUUGCUGGUGUUUCCGUCCGUCUGUGGAUCAUGCUCAUCAUGGUGAAUCAAGCCUUUGCUGGAUAUACUGUAUAACUGUUCAAUCUCCAUCGCUGUCUAUGGGAUGUGCCUGUGUUGAGCCGAAAUGGCCGCCAAUGUACGUCUUUGAGCCAAGAUGGCUGCUGAAGCUCGUUUGAGGCAAAAUGGUGGCGGCGCAGCUUUUUGCACUCCCAGGCUCGUUCUCCCGUCCUCGUAUUGUGCUGCGCGUCUAGGAUGAACAACAUGACAGGCCCAGUCAUACGUGCUGCGCUGCAUAUAAUACUCCUUUUGAAAGACACAUUUUUAGCAUUUUCUUCACAGGAAAAAAAGAAAACCUACUAUAUCAGGAUGCUGGGUCUUUGGCUUUGUGUUUUAAUGCUUUCCAGUCCAGAAGCGGAUGGUGAUCGUAUGUGGACUUCUGACUUGUUGCUGGCUGUAAGCCAUUUCCAUAUGCGUGUAUUUUUCCUGUGUCUUUAAGGGGCUGGUGUAUUUCCCUACUUGGAUUAAAGACUUGGAGGUGGAAGUGGGGUUUUAUGGGACAUACUGCCAUGGUUAAGUGUUUUAUGUGCAUGCUUACUGACUGUGUGCUCUCUUGUGGGRUGAAUUUCUAUCCUCUCUGCGAAACUCUUUGACACUCCUUUAGUCAACGAGAGCCCAAGCCACUGAAAACUCCAUCCAUUUUGUUUUGUGGAUGAACAAAAUGCUCUUUUAAAAUGUUGCCCUAAUAUAUUUGGUUGUAUGUUCCAUCAGUAUUUGAUAGUCUCAUCUGUUUACAUGCUCUCAGCGCUAAGACAAGUGGACCCGUAAGAAUUGAAUGCCUGUAUAUUGCACCUGUGUGCCAAACAUACAAUUGUGGUGGUCUUGGCAGGGCUGUAUUCACUUGGACCCAAACGGGACAAAACAAGGAGGGACCUAACUGAAUUCGUAGAAAUAGAAACUCUUGAUUUUUGUUGCAAAACAUUUUCCGUUGCAAAAUCUUGUUUUCUGUACAUUCCAUAAUAAAAAUGCAUUCUGUCUCUCUCUCACACACACACACCACUCCUCUGACUGAGAGGGUUGUGUCACUUCCUGUGUGUGUCACAUGAGUAAGCAUUCCCAGGGUAGACAUGCAUGAGAGUGUGGAGGGAAGUUUCAGUCAUCCACAGAAUUAACAGGGAAAGUGAGAACAUGAUUUCACCCUACUCAAAGGAACCUAUUGACUCAGACAGCUGUGUUGAUAGGGUUUACUGCUCCGUGGCCAGUUGAGUCAUUUUCUUUUCAUAUUGAAUAAAGAUCACAAUGGUGGGCAGUGGGAAUAGAGGACAUGCUUAUCAGACGUCGUACUGUAAUAUAGAUGCAUGUAUCAAAGGGGUUACGGGAGACUAUAGGGACUUUUUGGAUAUAGAAUGCCUCCCAAAUUGCACCCUAUUCCCUAUGUAGUGCACUACUUUUGACCAGGACCCAUAUGGCUCUGGGGGGGGAAUGUGUGCACUAUGUAGGGAAUAGGGUGCCAUUUGGGACACGGUGUCACCAUGUUCUAAUAAUUGUUUAUUGCACAGGCGGAAAGAGUAAUCAGACACUGUUCUCAGUUUGAUCGACAUGAAAUGUUUAAUUAUGAUCCAAUUAUUAUCCACGUCCAAUGGUGUUGGUGGCAUGCCCCGAGACUCUUCUGGAUGAGAUUUGUGCCAUAAGGAUGAUUAUUGUCAGGGACUUGUAGAUAACGGGGAAAUCGCUGCUCUUUUUAAGUUCAUGACAGUGGAGGAGGAUCGGCGUAAAAACUCCCAGAACUAAGGGAUGUGUAUAUAUCCUUUCGUCUGAUAAUAGGAUCGCCUUGUGGACAUAUUGAAUAUCAAAUCAGAACACGUGCAUUAUCUGUACAGAUAGUGAGUGCAUAUUGGUGAUUUGCUCUAUACUGAUGUGCUAUAUGCUGUGAGUGCAAAACGAACUGAAAUCCGAGUAACGGUUUCGCGAUCCAGGGCCUGUAUGCGGUCUACAUCAUAAAGACUACGACGUGUGUUGGCGCUUACUGUAACAGAGACUGUUUUGUAUCAUGAACUGAAUAAAGGUUUUGCUUUUACCAUCUCAAAACAA